UCUAUUCCCGCAUGAUCAGCUGUUUGUUGUGGCACGUGGUAACGUACGGUAGUGUAUAUCGGUGUAUAUCGUGUAUAUACUUAUGAAGGUUUUCAGUACGUAACCUGCGAUGAGUGAAAUGGAUGGUUUAACUAUUGCAACAGAAUUAGAUAGAGAUGUUACCAAAUACCCUGCAGAAAAAAGGUUGAAAAUGGAAAACAGUAGCGAAGAGGAUCCAGACAUGUACAAUGCAGAUACAUCGUCUAUUAUGUGUAUGAAGAGUGAAAUGUCCAAAACGCUUUCCAAAAGACAACUGAAAAAACAAAAACAGAAAGAGAAAUGGCUAGCUUAUAGACCUGUUAAAAGAGCCAAAGAAAAGUUGAAAUUGAGACAGAAGAAAUUAGAUGCGCGCCUAAACAAUAUUAAAUUGGGACCAUCGAGGAAAGAACUGAAGCAUUCAAAAAUGUUACAGAGUAACUGUAACGUUCGUAUAGCAGUUGAUUUGUCUUUUGAUGAUAUAAUGAAUGAUAAGGAAAUCAGUAAGUGUAUCAAGCAGCUCUUACGAUGUUACAGCCUUAAUCGAAGAGCUAAAGAUCCAGUACAGUUCUACAUUACAAAUUUUGGUGGAAAGUGUAAGAAGGAAAUGGAAAAGCACACUGGAUAUAUGAACUGGGAUGUAAAUUUUCAUAGUGAGAGUUACAGAGACAUAUUUGAGUCCAAGGACUUGGUUUAUUUAACAAGUGAAUCAGACAAUAUUAUUUAUUCACUGGAAGAAAAUAAAGUAUAUGUAAUAGGGGGCCUUGUGGAUCAUAAUUCUUAUAAGGGUAUAUGUCAUCAGAUUGCUCAGGAGAAAGGAAUAAGUCAUGGUAAAUUACCCAUUGAAGAGUUCCUGGAGAUGAAAACAAGAAAAGUUUUGACAAUUGACCAUGUGUUUGAAAUCCUCUUGGAAGUAACAGGUGGGAAGUCUUGGAAAGAAGCAUUUCUACAUGUUCUGCCACCUAGGAAAGGUGCUGUUGAGAGGGCAGAGGUAUUUAAAGAAAAACUCAGCACUGUGUCAGAAACACAAGUACAGAGUAAUACAGAGCCAUCCUGACUCAUGUGAUGUCAGCAGUAUUUUAUGAUUCCAUGAAGUGGUGUAACAACAGGACUACAUUUGACAUUAUGCACUGUCUUAAGAAAUUUCAGCAAAAAUUAAAUAUCCUAUUUUUACCCCAAUUUUUGGUACAGAUUCUUUGUUAAAUAGAUACUGAUAAUUAUUCAUGUAAUCUGUGCUUUCUCAUGUUGCCUGUCUCCCAUUUGAUAUAUGACUUUGCAUAGACAUGCUGAAGGUUCAGAAGGAAUACAUAUAAAAGUUCGCGUCCAUUGUUUAUCUUCCGUCAAAAUUGCAACACUUUUACAUUCUACACUUCAACACUACAUGUUUUGGCCUC